AACCUAAGCGACACAUUGUUGUCGUUUCUUCCAAGCUUUGCUGUACUAUCGUUUAAAAUACGGUGUCGUUUUGUACUUCCAAUCAGUACCUCUGUCGUCCCUCCCUUUCACUAAGCUCUGUGAUUCAGAGCCAAAGAUUCAAAAACCCUAAAACUCAAAACCCUUCCAAUGAACUCUUUCACUCUUUGUAUGGCUUAAACCAGAACAAGCCCUAGCUUUUGCUUCCUCCAAUCACUACUGAGUUCUGAAUCAAAUUACGACAAUGACGAAGGUGUACGGCACUGGGGCGUACGAUUUCAAGCGUCACCAUGUUGCUGAGUACCCGGUGGGGUCACAGCACCAGCUUUCCGAUAAGCCGGUGGAGUCCAAACCCGGUUCCACAACGCUUCCCAGCUCAAUCACGUUGUCGGAGAUUCAGCAGGACCGGCUCACUCAACUUGCUAUGGAGAAUUGGUCCAAAGCUGGUGAAGCAGCCAAGUCGAAGAAGCCGUUCAAGCCGGAGCUGGUUAAGGAGAUUUAUGAGACGGAGUUAUUGGUUAAAGAGGGUCAGAGAAAGCCUGUUCCUUUGCAGAGAGUUAUGAUUUUGGAGGUCAGUCAGUAUUUGGAGAACUAUCUUUGGCCCAAUUUCGAUCCCGAGACCGCGACUUUUGAGCAUGUGAUGUCGAUGAUAAUCAUGAUUAAUGAAAAGUUUCGAGAAAAUGUGGCAGCUUGGGUUUGUUUUUAUGAUCGGAAAGAUGUGUUUCAGGGUUUUCUUCAGAGGGUUCUUCGUCUUAAGGAGGGAAGGGAACUAAGUAUCGCAGAGAAAACAAAUUAUUUGGUCUUCAUGAUUAAUGCAUUUCAGAGUUUGGAAGAUGAGGUGGUCAGUGAGACAAUCCUUAGAUUGGCAAGUUUGCCAACUUGGCACAGUUUGUCCUAUGGUAGAUUUCAGAUGGAGCUUUCUUUGAACACAGACUUGAUCAAGAAAUGGAAGAGAAUGCUAAAAAGGGAGGCGAAGGAAGUUGCAAAACGCGGUGAGACUUUUGAUCCCGUAAACAUGCCUGAAGUGAAGUUUUUGAGAAGUCUCAUCGAGGAAUUUCUUGAGAUACUUGAUUCCAAAGUUUUUCCCUCAGAGCAGGGUAUCAAUGGAGAUACUAAUAAAAUCGGUCAUGUUGGUGACGCAUGUAUCUUGUACUGCGAGAGAUUUAUGGAAUUUCUGAUUGACCUUUUGAGCCAAUUGCCUACAAGGAGGUACUUGAGACCUCUUGUUGCUGAUGUUGCUGUUGUUGCCAAAUGCCACUUAAGUGCUCUUUAUAGACAUGAAAAGGGAAAACUUUUUGCACAACUUGUUGAUUUACUACAGUUUUAUGAAGGCUUUGAGAUUAAUGAUCAUGUUGGGACACAACUGACCGAUGAUGAGGUGCUUCAGUCUCACUAUGAUCGCCUGCAAUCUUUCCAACUAUUUGCUUUUAAAAAGGUUUCCAAGUUGAGGGACCUUGCGUUGGCUAACAUUGGUGCAAUUAACAAGCGCAAUGAUCUCUCCAAGAAAUUGUCUGUUCUUUCUUCUGAAGAAUUGAAGGAUUUGGUUUGUCACAAGCUUAAAUUGGUGUCAACAGAUGAUCCUUGGUCCAAUAGGGAUGAUUUUCUCAUUGAAGUCAUGGUUUCCUUUUUUGAGAAGCAACAAUCUCAAAAAGAAGCCAUAAAUGCUCUUCCACUGUACCCUAAUGAACAGAUUAUGUGGGAUGAAAGCGUUGUACCUAGCAUUAAUUACUCGGGGGAGGGUUGUCUGGCACUUCCAAAACUUAAUUUACAAUUUCUAACACUUCAUGAUUAUCUUUUGAGAAAUUUCAAUCUCUUCCGUCUUGAAUCAACAUAUGAAAUUCGUGAGGAUAUUCAAGAAGCUGUCCCACAUCUUCUGGCCCAUAUUAAUAAUGAAGGAGAAGCUGGUUUUCGUGGCUGGUCGAGGAUGGCUGUUCCAAUUAGAGAAUUUAAAAUUGCUCAGGUAAAGCAGCCAAACAUUGGAGAAGUUAAACCAUCUUCUGUAACAGCAGAAGUCACUUUUAGCAUUUCUAGCUAUAAAGCACAGAUAAGAUCAGAAUGGAAUUCUCUUAAAGAGCACGAUGUUCUGUUUCUACUUUCUAUCCGUCCUUCAUUUGAGCCGCUAAGUGCAGAAGAAGCUGCCAAGGCUAGUGUCCCACAAAGACUUGGACUUCAAUUUGUACGGGGAUGUGAAGUUAUUGAGAUGCGUGAUGAGGAGGGAACUUUAAUGAAUGAUUUUACUGGAAAAAUUAAACGGGAUGAAUGGAAACCACCGAAAGGGGAACUGAGAACUGUAACUGUUGCAUUAGAUACAGCACAGUACCACAUGGAUGUAAGCAAUAUUGCUGAGAAAGGUGAAGAAGAUGUUUACGGGACUUUUAAUAUAUUGAUGAGGAGGAAGCCUAAGGAGAACAACUUUAAAGCUAUUUUAGAAUCUAUAAGGGAUCUUAUGAAUGAGUAUUGCAUUGUUCCUGACUGGUUGCACAAUAUAUUUUUGGGUUACGGGAAUCCUUCUGCAGCACAAUGGACUAAUAUGCCUGAUCUCUUGAAAACAGUGGAUUUCAAAGAUACUUUUCUUGAUGCAGACCAUUUAAAAGAAAGUUUUCCAGAUUAUCAGGUUUGUUUUACAAAUUCCGAUGGUACAGAAAAUUUGGACCCUAGACCUCCUUUCAGAAUUACUCUUCCCAAGAUGCUGAAAAGCAGCACUCAUGCUCUUCCUGGGAAUAAGAAGUCUGCAGCUGAUUCAAAGAAUGAUGUCUCUAUGGCUGAUGCCGAUAGCGAGAAAGAGAAACUUUUUGUUGAGGCAUACACCCCUCCUGACCCCGGUCCGUAUCCCCAAGAUCAACCGAGACUGAACUCAGUUAGAUUUACACCCAUACAGAUUGGAGCAAUCAUCUCGGGAGUUCAGCCAGGACUAACUAUGGUUGUGGGUCCACCUGGUACAGGAAAGACUGAUACUGCUGUGCAGAUCCUGAAUGUUCUUUAUCAUAAUUGUCCUUCUCAGAGAACAUUGAUAAUCACUCAUUCCAAUCAGGCCCUUAAUGACCUUUUUGAGAAGAUAAUGCAGAGGGAUGUGCCUGCUCGCUAUCUUCUUCGACUUGGUCAAGGUGAACAAGAGCUUGCAACUGAUCUUGACUUCAGCCGGCAAGGUCGUGUGAAUGCGAUGCUUGUAAGGCGGUUAGAAUUACUCAGUGAAGUGGAGAGGUUGGCAAGAUCUCUCCAACUCCCCGAGGAUGUAGGCUAUACCUGUGAAACAGCUGGGUACUUUUGGCUGCUUCAUGUGUACUCCCGAUGGGAGCUAUUUCUGGCUGCUUGUGCUGAGAGUGAAAAUAAACCAUCAUUUGUUAAGGACCGGUUUCCAUUCAAGGAGUUCUUUUCCAACACAGCUCAUCCAGUCUUCACGGGGGAGUCAUUUGAUAAAGACAUGUGGGCCGCUAAAGGAUGCUUUAGUCAUCUCAAGACUAUGUUCCAAGAACUUGAAGAGUGUAGGGCAUUUGAAUUACUCAAAUCAACCGCUGAUCGGGCAAAUUAUUUAAUGACAAAGCAAGCCAAGAUUGUUGCUAUGACUUGCACUCAUGCAGCUUUAAAGAGGAAGGACUUUCUUCAGUUGGGUUUCAAGUAUGACAAUUUGCUGAUGGAAGAAAGUGCCCAGAUUUUGGAGAUUGAAACGUUCAUUCCUAUGUUGCUUCAGAGGCAGGAAGAUGGUUAUGCCCGGCUUAAACGAUGUAUUCUGAUUGGUGACCAUCAUCAAUUGCCUCCUGUUGUUAAGAACAUGGCUUUCCAGAAGUAUAGCCACAUGGAUCAGAGUCUCUUUACAAGAUUUGUUCGUCUUGGCAUUCCUUAUAUUGAACUUAAUGCCCAAGGUAGAGCUCGGCCGAGUAUUGCACAACUUUACAAUUGGAGGUACAGAGAUUUGGGAGACCUUUCAUAUGUUAAAGAGGGUGCAAUAUUUCAUAGAGCAAAUGCCGGGUUUUCAUACGAGUAUCAAUUGAUAGAUGUCCCGGAUUAUCACGGUAAGGGGGAGAGUGCCCCUUCACCUUGGUUCUACCAAAAUGAAGGAGAAGCCGAGUAUAUUGUCAGCGUUUAUAUAUACAUGCGCUUACUAGGGUAUCCUGCAAAUAAAAUUUCUAUUUUGACAACAUACAAUGGGCAGAAGCUCUUGCUUCGUGAUGUUAUAAAUCGACGUUGUGUUCCAUAUGACUUCAUCGGUCCUCCUAACAAGGUUACAACAGUUGAUAAGUUUCAAGGUCAGCAGAAUGAUUUUAUAUUGCUGUCACUUGUGCGUACUCGGUUUGUUGGUCACCUUAGGGAUGUUAGAAGAUUGGUUGUCGCCAUGUCUCGUGCUCGACUUGGCCUGUAUGUGUUUUGUCGUCGUUCUCUGUUUGAGCAGUGCUAUGAACUUCAACCCACCUUUCAACUUCUACUUCAGAGGCCUGACCGCCUUGGGCUUAAUUUAACCGAGAUUUCAUCGUACACAGAACGCCAUGUAGAAGACACUGGUCCCACACAUUUGGUCAGUAGUGUAGAUGAGAUGGUCACCAUCUACCAGCAGCUUUAUCAGGCAAAGUUUGCACCUUAUCCAGGAAAAGCUGCUCUAAUGACAGAGGUGUUGGAGGAGCAGAAUGAUCAUCAAAAUCCUAUAUCAUUGCCCAAUGGCAUGGAAGCUGGAGCACCAAAUUCUGAAAAUGGUGCACCAGAUGAAACCAUGUCCGUAGCAGCUGAAGUACCAAACUCGGAAUACAGUGCACCAGAUGAAAUCAUGUCCGUUGUAGCAGCUGAAGUACCAAACUCUGAAAAUGGUGCACCAGAUGAAACAAUGUCCUUAGCAGCUGAAGUACCAAACUCGGAACACAGUGCAGCAGAUGAAAGCAUGUCUGAUGUAGCAGCUGAAGUACUAAGCUCCGAGAAUGGGGCACCCGAAAAUGUACCAGAUGAAAGCAACAUGAAAGAAGACUCAAAAUCAAAUGGUCCCGAGAGUCAUUUGAACAGGGGGGUGAUGGAUAAUAAUAAUCCUGAAAGUGAUUCUCACACAACCAACAUGGAAGAAUAGAUUGGGUUUUCGGUGAUUUGCUGACACUACUCUUAAUCAGAAGCGGGAACUGUAGCCUCAAGUCUACUCCAUACCAACCAGGCAGUGCAAUUGACAUGACUUCGAUCAAGAUAAAGCUUCAAAACGUUUACGAUUAAAAGGGGUUUACAAAUGAUCACUUGCUGUUUAGGUUGGAAAGCAAGAAUGGUGAGGACUCCAAAUCUUCUAACUUACAAUUCUCUACUUUUUGUUCAAACUCAGAAAUCAAAAAUAUUUGAGGGUUCCAAAUUGAUCAUGAAUGUAAUACUUUACCAAGAAUGUGUUUGUUGGACAUCUCUUGUAAGUAGAAAGAACUUGAAAAAUUGUGGAGUAUUUCUUCACAAUUCAAUCUUUUUUGUCUCUCCUUUAUCUUAAUUCAUUUUCAUAUUUGGAUCA